AUGGAAUUGCCAAUGCCAUUAUCAACAACAGUGAACAUUCCGUCAUCAAUGACAGAAUCAAAUUUUGAAAAUCUUCAAAGAACUAAUAUUUUUUGUUGUCCUCGAUGUUUGAUUCAUUUAAGCAAUUUUUUCAUAUUUGUUAUGACUUUAAGUGUAUUUAUUAUUUUACCAAUGAUUGAAAUUGUUAUUGGUAUUGUCUAUCAAAGUGAAUGUUCAAUGAAUCAUUAUAUUCCGAUUUAUCUUAUUGUUACUGGUAUUAUCUCAAUUAUUAUUUUGAUUUUUGCUAUGUUUGGAUGGACUUUUGUAUAUCCAUUGGUUAACAAUCUUACACUAAAGAACAUAAAAAUCGUGUUCUAUGAUGCAGGAAUGUUUUCUAAAGUAAUGUUGACUAUUGCAAUACUUUUCUUAUUAUUUGCUUUAGCUUGGUUCAUUGCUGGUAAUGUAUGGGUGUUUAGCGCCAGUCUGAAUGUUCAAUAUAUUGAUCCAAUUGAAUUUCCUAAUACCUAUUGCAAUCGUAAUGUAUAUUUAUUUGGAUUCUGGUCAAUUAUUAUUAAAUAUAUUUUUACUUUUGUUAUCUGUUGUCGACUGAACUGUUAUAUAUGUAAUUCUAUUCAAAAUACCAUUGAUCAAGCACAAUUGGAUAUCAACAUUUCAAUUAAUUAA